ACAGGAGGCGCAUGCGCCUAGCCGUGGAGGAGCACGCGGCGGCACGCGCCAGGCGGGAGCGCCGGAGGGUGCCGCCCACGCGUCCACGCGUGCCCCUCCCCCAGCCUGCCACCUCCCGCACGCCCUCCUGGCCCGCGCGGGUAGGCCGAGCCCACCGGCGCCCAACGGAACGGCACGAGCCGUUACGUGGCCGCGCCGCGCGCGACCCACCGCCUUCUUCUUUUCUGUUUCUUUUUCUCCCCCUCCAGCCGCCCGUCCUCUCGGUCUCCGACCACGACUGUGCGCCUUCCUAAGUAACCCUAGCUCGGCGCCCUCCCUCCGCGACAUCCAAGCCCGGCAAUCUCAUCGUCGCGCUUGCACCGUUACGCAGUGCGACCUCUGCGUCUUCGAAUCCAGGUCUCUGCAGGAAGGUAGAGAGGAGGAGGAGGUUUGUGGCAGGAUUUGACCAGCCCAAUGGUUCCAUCCGAGAUGGGGAGCGUCGCCACCGCCGUCAGCACGCCUGCUGCGGACAAGCUGCUCCAUGGGCCUAUCUCUGGCAAGAAGUGCAAGAAACCAGGCCCGAGGAAGAUUCAUAAGGCUGAGAGGGAGAAGCUUAAACGAGACCACCUAAAUGAUCUCUUUGUUGAGCUGGGUAAUAUGCUAGAAGCAGAUAGACAGAACAAUGGGAAAGCAUGCAUACUGACUGACACUACUCGGAUACUAAGAGACCUGCUUGUUCAAGUAGACUCUCUUCGAAAGGAACAUAGCGACCUACAAAACGAAUCUCAUUAUGUAACAAUGGAGAGGGAUGAGAUGCAGGAUGAAAACGGCGUGCUCCGCAAAGAAAUUUCAGAGCUUCAAAACGAGUUGACAAUGCGGGUUUCAGGCAGUCCAGCAGGUUGGGGCCAUGGCACCGCCAGAUCAGAUCCCCCUCUUCCUCACUCAACCGCAGUGUUCUCGUCGGAGCAGGCGAUGCAACCACCCACCAUUGCAAGCGUUGUAUUCCCGUUGCAGCAGCCACUGGCACCAUCAGCAAUGACCAAACCACCUCAUGCUGCACCACCACUCGAACUGAAGCUCUUUCCAGAAGUGGCAUCUGCCGAAGGCCAUGAGCCGUGUGAAGACCACAAAGCUCCCAACCAUGUGGCACGACCACAGGCAAGGUACCCAACGCAAUCAGCCUCAUGGCCCGUAAACCUGUUCUCUGGCCUUCCACGAAUGGAAGAUGAGCAAUGCAGUAGCAGCACAAGCGGCAGCAGCAGAGAGGAUAACACAGAUAUAGAAUGAGUGGAUCAGCUCCUACAAUCAAAGAGUCUCUGUUUUGAGUCUAGUGGAUGUAAAUUUGAAUCUCCUUUUUGGAUUUCAGAACGAUAGAUUAUACUCUGUUGGAAAUAGGACCCCUCCCAUUGCAAGUCUUUGUUGGAAUCUCUAUAAAUGCGAAUCAAUCUUACUGGCACUUUGCAUGCCGAAGCUAUGGUCUGGGAUAAUCAAUGUUUAGAUACAGUUUAGCAAA